CGAAGAGGCGUGGACUUCCGGAUUUCAAAAGCUUGGUAGCAACGAACAACACCAGUGUGUCUGCGAGUUUUCUAAACUGUGUCAGUGUUUUGUGCAGGAAUGGGAUCUCCAACUAAAGAUGCAACACCACACAGAACCAACAUUAAAACCCCUGGUCGGGAACCUGACUCCCCACUACCCCCCAUCCAUGAGCGCUUGGCGUACCUGCGACCAUCCAGGGAGCUACUGGAGUUCUACCGACAGAAGAUCGCCCAGUUUGACACAGAACACGAGGAGCUGCUGCAGAUGAUGGAGAAGUACAGAGGCAUCACAGAGGACCAGCAUAAGCUACAGCGGGAGGUACGACAGCGGGAGGGAGAGAUCGCUGAGCUGCAAAACGCUCUGAGUGACAUGCAGGUCUAUCUUUUUCAAGAGAGGGAGCAGUCUCUCCGGCUUUACGCAGAAAAUGAUCGACUAAAGAUCAGAGAGCUAGAGGACAGGAAGAAAAUCCAACACCUUCUCGCCCUGGUUGGUCCUGACGCAGGAGAGAUCACAUAUUUCCAUCGAGAACCUCCUCACAAGGUGACUAUCACUCAGAGAAACCCUGAAUCCAGAUUGGAGGAAAAUCUCAGUCUCAGAACAACAAUGUUCAGACCUUCUGUGAACAGGAAAGAGAGUGGCAGGAGAACAAAAAACGCUGACGGGGCGAAUGGAGAGAGCCUGGAACAAUACAAGAACGACAACCAGACUUUGUUACUGCAGGUGGAGGCACUGCAGGCUCAGAUGGCGGAACAGACUCGUCUGGCCAAAGAACAGGUAGAGUCUCUGAUGGAGGAUAGACGGAUCAAAACAGAGGAGGCAUAUGCACAACAGCAGAGAGACCAGGAGCGAAUCACAGCUCUGACUGACAAGCUCCAGCGAACACAGAACCUAUUGUAUGAGAGCACCAAAGAUUUCUUGCAGCUAAAGUUUGACACACGGUCUCACGAGAAGAGCUGGAUGGUGGAGAAGGACCGGCUGUUGAGGGACUUGGACUCCUGCCACAACCGACUGAGGAAAGCCGGGUUCGCUGGCACUGAGCCGGGCCGGACGUGGCAGCCCAGCAGCAGCACGGCUCUGCUCCUCCCACGGCCUCAGCCCGAGUCACAGCAGACAAACAAAGAGGGGCUGAAGGCAAUGCGGGAGGAUCUGAAACAAGCCCACCGUCUGGCAGAGAUGUACAGGGAGCAGUGUAUUACUCUGGAGACAGAACUGUCCCAAAUCCGAGAGGAGGGAGAUGUUGGCAGGGAAAUAUUUAAGGAGCGUUCAGAAAAAAUGGCCAAGCGACUUCAGCUGAUGACUCAGCGCUAUGAGGCACUGGAGAAGAGGAGGGUCAUGGAGGUGGAGGGCUUCAAGACUGACCUGAAGCACCUCAGACAGAAAUUCAAAGAUGUUGAAAAACAGCUUCUCAAGGUUACUCUGAACAUCGGGCCCAACCAGGACCUAGCUAUUCUCCAUGAAGUACGUCAGACCAAUGCCAGAACAAAAAAGGUUCAGGGUGAGCUGAUGACGCUGAAAGCUAAAAUCUAUGGGCUGGAAAAUGAGCUGAGAUUCAGCUGAAGAAUUUACUGUAAUGUCUAGUGCCUGAAUCUCUGUGUGGUUUAUACCAGUCAUGUGUGUUUGUGCUACUGUGUUUGUUACGAUAGAUUUUCCUAUACUGUGUUUUGGACCAAUAAAGAUGUUUUUAAAAUGA